AUGUGUCUGUGGCUGAACCCUGGAGACUCAGUGACUCUGAGCUGUGAAGUUGACAAGACGUCUACAGGCUGGAGGUUCUCCUGGUACAGGACUGUUCCCUACAGAGCUGGGUUACCCUCCCUAUCAGACAAGUCUUACUCUCUACAGCCCCUAUCUGACAAUGUGACUAGUGAAGACUCCUACACUCUGAUCCCUGCUGGUCCUACUCCCACAGGAGGAUAUGUGUGUAGAGCUGGGAGAGGAGACCCAGUCUAUUACACACUCUACAGUGAACCUCAGUUUCUCUGGUCAGGGGAUCUGCAGCCUUCAGUGUCUCUCAGAAUAAGUCCCAACACAACUCAACACUUUAGAUCAAUGUCUCUCUCACUGAGCUGUGAGCUGAAGGGGAACUCUACUGGAUGGAGACUGAUGAGAUACACAGAGAGAGGAGUAGAGUCAGGGUGUGUCUCUAACUGGGGAUCAAUAACAGGGUCUACAUGUAUCAUCAGGUCCACAUACACAGGGGACAGUGGAGUGUACUGGUGUGAGUCUGGAUCAGGAGAGAACAUUAAUGCUGUCAACAUCACAGUGGAGGUCGUAGCUCCUGGAUCCUCUACAUCAGUCCUAGUAGGAGUGGUUGUGGGUCUGGCUGUUGCAGGUGUUCUACUUGUCAUUCUCCUGGUCCUGCUGUGUCGAUAA